GAGAGAGAGAGGAGAGAGAGACGGGGUGAAGGAGAGGCAACGGAGUGACACAGACGAAGAAAGCAGGUUGAGAAAACAGGGACUGUGAGAAAAGAGUCAAACGAUAAGGAGAGAAAGAAAGCAGGAGUGAGGGAGUGAAAAACAGCCCGACAGGGAGAAUGGAACAGUUAGGCUAGAGACCAGAGACCAGAGAGAAAAAGAAACUACGAGGGUGAAUCAGGGAAAACUCCAGUCCGGUCAUGGAAGCAGAGCUGGAAGAAGAGGACGGGAGUUUCACUAACAUCUCCCUCGCCGAUGACAGACCUACAGGGGACAGAGGAACUGCAGUCCUGCUCACCAAACAGGACAACGAGGACUUCACCAUGAACUGUUACAUCGAUGACAUGGAGAACCAGGUUGAGAUGGAGGAGAAGACGAGGCUCAUCAACCAGGUGCUAGAGCUACAACACACACUGGAAGACCUGUCAGCACGUGUGGAUGCGGUCAAAGAGGAGAACCUGAAGUUGAAGUCGGAGAACCAGGUUCUAGGCCAGUACAUCGAGAACCUCAUGUCGGCCUCCAGCGUGUUCCAAACCACCGACAACAAGAGCAAACGGAAGUAACCCACGGCGACCAAGGGGAGUUGAGACCACCUACAAUAGCCUGGUAGCAGGUCUGUUUGUGCCGACACAAACCGUAGGCAUGAUGGCACAGACAGACUGGCACUCAGGCUACCUGCAACAUCUCCUCCCCAAAUGACAGCAGAGGAGGUAGAAGAUGUUUGUGACCACAGUUCUAGGGACAGAUAUGGGCGUGUUCCAAAUGGCAGAUUAUUUCCUAAGUAGUGCACUAUGUAGUGUACAGAAUGCCAUACGCUCUGGUUAAAAGUAGUGUACUAUGUAGUGUACAGAAUGCCAUAAGCUCUGGUUAAAAGUAGUGUACUAUGUAGGGAAUAGGAUGCCAUAAGCUCUGGUUAAAAGUAGUGUACUAUGUAGUGUACAGAAUGCCAUAAGCUCUGGGUAAAAGUAGUGUACUAUGUAGGGAAUAGAAUGCCAUAAACUCUGGUUAGACGUAGACUAGUCUGAUCCUAGAUCUGUGGUUAGGGGCAACUUCUAAUUCCAGACCCCAAAAUCCUCCCUCCACUCCAACUACACCCCUAAGAGUCCAGUUUACAUUCUUGUUUGACGUCUUUUUACCCUCCUCCUAACAUAAACCCCCCCCACAUGAUUUAACUGGUUUUAUAAUUCAUCUAAUAACACUGUUUUGUGUUGUCAUGUCAACGGCAUCUCUAAGGAGUUAUGACAUCAGACCUUUUUUAUUUUGAUGACUGGUUGGAAGGAAACUGGACAUGUUGGAUAUGAAUAUGGCCAAACUCCUGGCCCCAAAAUAUGAAUCAAACAUAUUGAAUGACAUGUCAAUGUAAUACAAUAAUAUAAUAACGCAUCCCGUCGACGGUUCUCUCAUCUGAUUGGUCAAAAGGUUACUAAGUGUCUGUUUUUUAAUGUUGAUCAACACAAACAUUAUGAAAUAUGAUUCUGUAUGACAUAUUUUUUUGUAAGCAAAGUACUACUAAGAUACUCCGAUGUGUGUUGUCGUCCCUGGUAUGCUACUCAUUCCACCAGGAAUGGGAUUCCUAAUUCAUAUCGUCACCAUGGAGUGCUGUGUGGAGUCAGUAGGUGAAGGACAAAGCACAGUGAACGUGUAUUCUGCUGUACGUAACAAACGAUGCCCUCUUGAAUGCAACCCUGGACUAGGGUCAAGUUACACUACAGGGUGAGACGGCCUCCUUUACCUAUGAUGGUGGAGCGAGGGAGGAGACGGGGGGAGGAAAGCAGGAUAGAGUGAGGGAGGACAGAAGAGAGCUCUGCUUUUUACAGUUAAGAACCUUGAGUGAUAUUGAUUAGAACACUCAGGCUGUAGAACACUCCGGAAGGUUCCGUCAGUGCAUUAACACAGAGCUGCUGAUAGUAAUGGACUGUGGAAGCAUGACUGUGCUGUCCUAGGCUGGUUAUAGUAAUGGACUAUGGAAGCAUGACUGUGCUGUCCUAGGCUGGUUAUAGUAAUGGACUAUGGAAGCAUGACUGUGCUGUCCUAGGCUGGUUAUAGUAAUGGACUAUGGAAGCAUGACUGUGCUGUCCUAGGCUGGUUAUAGUAAUGGACUGUGGAAGCAUGACUGUGCUGUCCUAGGCUGGUUAUAGUAAUGGACUGUGGAAGCAUGACUGUGCUGUCCUAGGCUGGUUAUAGUAAUGGACUAUGGAAGCAUGACUGUGCUGUCCUAG